AUGCAGGGCGCAAACUUAUCAUCACGAUCGCAAAAGUUAAUCGAUUUGCCGGUGGAAAUCCAAACUCACGUCCUCGAGGCCCUUGCCUCAUCACACCCCGCAUCGAUCUGCGCCGUCCUUUCAACAUGCAAGCAUCUCUACAAAGUCGCUCUACAUCUCUCAGUCCGCACGUACGAGAGCGCCGCCGGUCCCAAGAACACAAGCGAGUACGCGCAGAAACGCAGCCGCAACCUUGACUUCCUUCGUUACAUCGUCAUCACCAAGCCCGAGCUUGCACAACAUGUGCGCCGCAUCGCCAUCAAACACGUCUCCACUAGCCUCAUCUACCGCACCGCCCCAUCAAGCAAGAAACCCUUGGGUCCUGAAAGUGAUGAAAUUGGCGUGUACACGGACAUGAUCGAUGCUUCGGGCCUCUCCGACCACGUCGAAGAUUGGGAGGCUGUGCGACACGAAUGGCUUCGAGGCCUCGCCGACGGAUUAGUCGAGCAGCAAAUUGGGCUCAUGUUCCUCGCAUGUCCGAAGAUCCAGGUUCUCGAACUAGGAACACCUCUCGCGCCUAGACUACUGCCUCGUCUGAUCAAAGCUGCAGCGUUGCACGGGAGGAGCAUGAAAAUCCCGCUACUCCAUCACUUACGAGAGUACUGCGGCGAGCCAGAGAUACCCAAGAGUCUUUUCCACUUCUUCAACAUUGGGAAGGAGUUUCUGCAACUACCUCAGUUACGGACGUUCACGUGCGCCAGCUUAUCGAGCAGUGGUCCGAACGGGCACCUCUUCGACGAGAACGCCAACCCUCCCGGGUCUUCAAACGUUCAGAAUCUUACUCUGCUGGAUGCCAAUAUCACACAAGAGGGCCUCAGCACAGUCAUACGUGUUUGCAGAGAGCUCAAGUCGUUUCACUGGACCCCAGGCGACAGCAGUUUCCUAGACAUGCAGAUCAAGCUGCAGGAUCUAGCCCAAGCUCUAUCGCCGCACCGAGAUACCAUCGAGUGUUUACACAUCGACUAUCAAGGUCAGUGGCGCAAUCAAGAAUGGUAUGUCGAACAAGAGGGCUUCUUUAUCGGAACCUUCCUACGGGAAAUGAUUUCGUUGAAGUCGCUGCACAUCGGCAUGGAAGCUUUUACAGGCUUUACCGAUCUCUGGACGGUCCCAAGUCUUUAUCGCAAUCUUACUCAAGAGCAAAUGUUGGUGGAAUUGCAGAGAGCUCCACGGCUGGCCAAUCACAUUUCUCCUAACCUCGAGAGCCUCGAGCUGUAUGGGUGCACCGGCGAGAUAUUACCUCACGUUCGAGAACUCGUGGAACUGCACCAGACAGGAGACGCAUUCCCGAGCUUGCGGAAGAUCCGGCUACGCUUCAAUGCAGAAUUGUUUGAUCCCAGCAAAGUCGGCAUGGAGCUCGGGGCAAAUUUAAGUAACUUAGACUUGGAGGUUAUGUACGACCGUAUAACUUGA